CCUUGUUUCGGUCUCUUCGUCUGUUUGUUCCUUUGGUGUUUCCUUUUUGGCUCCAUGGCAGGCUCUUCGUCAUACAGUGUUCUCCCUGGCUAUCAGAGUGAACUGACCAUGGACAACGAUGAUGAACAAAUUGGAGUUGCUAAAACUCAGGGAAAGUAUUGGGCCAUUUUCAUCUGUUGGCUUCUCGGAAAUGGAUGUCUAUUUGGGUUCAAUGGGAUGCUGACAAUUGAAGAUUACUAUGUGUACCUCUUCCCAAAGUACCAUCCAACAAGAAUUAUUACUCUCACCUAUCAGCCCUUUGUUCUUGCCACAACCGCCAUAUUCACGUAUCAUGAGGCAAAGGUCAAUACUAGGGUGCGCAACUUGGCAGGAUACAUGCUAUUCUUCUUGAGCUCAUUUGGAGUGAUCAUUCUGGAUGUUUUGUCUUCAGGAAGUGGUGGAAUUGCCCCAUUUGCUGGUGUCUGUAUCAUUGCUGCUGCUUUCGGUGUGGCAGAUGGUCAUGUUCAAGGCGGAAUGACUGGUGAUCUCUCCCUGAUGUGCCCAGAAUUCGUCCAGUCCUUCUUUGCCGGAGUGGCUGCAUCAGGUGCAAUAACCGCGGCGUUAAGGUUCUUCACAAAAGCGGUUUUUGAGAAUUCCAGAGAUGGCCUGCGGAAAGGAGCUAUGCUGUUCUCUUCGAUCUCAUGCUUCUUUGAGCUUCUAUGCGUUCUACUUUAUGCUUUGGUAUUCCCAAAGUUGCCAAUUGUGAGAUUCUACCGUUCAAAAGCUGCCUCUGAGGGGUCUCAGACAGUCACCGCUGACCUUGCUGCUGGAGGCAUCAAAAGCCUGCCAAAUCCAUUGGUUGAGGAAGAUCGUGUGGUUGAACGGUUGAACAACAAGCAGUUGCUGCAUCAGAACAUGGACUAUGCUCUGGACAUGUUUCUGAUCUAUGUCCUGACACUGUCGAUUUUCCCAGGGUUUUUGGCGGAAGACACUGGAUCGCACAGCUUGGGUUCUUUGUACGUGCUUGUCUUGAUUGCGAGCUUUAACGUGUCGGACCUGAUCGGAAGAUACCUGCCUCUGAUCGAGCAAAUCAAGCUGACAUCCAGGACGGGGCUACUAAUCGCAGUCAUAUCUAGAUUCCUGCUCGUCCCCGCGUUUUACUUCACGGCAAAGUACGGUGACCAGGGCUGGAUGAUCAUGUUAACGUCACUCCUUGGACUCAGCAAUGGCCAUCUCACCGUCUCCGUCCUCACCGAGGCACCAAAAGGCUACAAGGGACCCGAACAAAAUGCUCUUGGGAACCUGCUGGUGCUUUUCCUCUUGGCAGGCAUAUUUGUUGGCGCUGUUUCUGAUUGGCUGUGGCUCAUAGGCAAAGGGUGGUGACCAAACUUAUGCAAGCGAGCAGAUCAUGCAAUUAAUAACUCAUUCCAAUAGUUGACAGAAAAAACUAAGUGUAUUUUUUAAUCAUAAUCAAUAUGAAUGAAUUAUACAGAAAAUACA